GCUACUCGACAUGCAGAAAUGGUCGCAAUCGAUCAAGUCCUUGACUGGUGCAAGCAGCAGAACAGAGAUUAUACAGAAGUGUUUGCACACUCGGUAUUGUACGUAACUGUAGAGCCUUGUAUCAUGUGUGCAGCAGCUGUGCGCUUGAUGAAAAUUCCACGGGUCGUAUAUGGCUGUCGAAAUGAGCGAUUUGGAGGCUGUGGCUCAGUUUUGAGCAUCUCAUCUGACGAUAUGGUAGACACAGGAGAACCAUUUGAAUGCAUUUCUGGCUAUCGUGCCAAAGAAGCAGUGGAAAUGUUAAAAGCUUUCUACAGACAAGAAAAUCCCAAUGCACCAAAAUCAAAAGUACGGAAAAAGGACCAUCGUAAUUAG